AAUUGUAUAAUUUCUCUACUCCUCUCUCCCCUUCCGUUAUUAUCUGCGAACACAGUCGAAAAAAGAAAGAAAAACAUGGGAAGCUUGAGAAGAAGCUUGAUCAGCCUCCACCGAGCCCUCAAAUCCACCGCUUCCAUCUCUCCCGCCGAAACCCAUCUCAGGCCUCAAUUCGGAUACGGUUUGGUUCAGCGUUCUUAUUCCGCUAACAAUGGCAGCAAUCUGGAUAUCGACCUCUCCAACCAAGAGAGCAAAAGGCGGUUGGUCAACAGAUUGAUAUACAGGAGCAAGCAGAGAGGGUUUUUGGAGCUGGAUUUGGUUCUGGGGAAGUGGGUGGAGGAGCAUAUACAUUCCAUGGAUGAACGGGGAAUUAAAUCUCUUGUGGAUGUCCUUGACCUGGAAAAUCCAGAUCUGUGGAAGUGGUUAAGUGGCCAGGAGCAACCCCCCGAAGCACUCCAAACUAAUCCUGUUUUUACUGCAGUGCGCAACAAGAUCAUGAACAACCUGAACAGCUAUGCUGCUCCCGAGACUCGAGCAACACCUGGCCAGCCAUGGGUUAGAGGGUGGGAUGAUAUAAAGAAAAGCCAGGGUGGCCCUUUAACCGGGAACCAGUAGCUCUUCCAUCACCUUUUCAAGUUAAAUUUCUCUGUAGUGUGUUGAUUUGUGUAAUCAGUUAGCGAUGAAAAAUGCCAAUUAGAACUUGCAAUGCCGAGUCUGAAAUUAAACACCGGCGGAUUCAAUAAACCCGAGAGGUAUGGUUCUCAUUUUACAGUGUAACAUAUUGAUAAUAUAGUCGAUACACUUUGGCAUGCGUUCCAGAAUGAAUGAAAGGAAAUAAAUUGUGUAAUCAAA